AUGUCCAAGUUGAAGGUGGUCGUCGAGCUUCUGCAAAGCUCCAAGGUCAAGGAACGACAAGAAGGAAUAAUUGCUCUCAAAGAAGCUUUCUCACGCGAUGAUACUGUCCUCAAUCUCGAGGAGGGACGCGCCUGGCUGGUCGUGUAUCAGGCCCUCUUCACAGCAGUUACCAGUGAAAAGGCAGAAUGUGUCAAGAAAGCUGCGUCAGGCAAGAAUGCAUCGACAGGUGCUGCUGCCCUGCGCAGACUUGGGGAUGCCGCCACCACCGUUCGUUGGCUAGUAGAGAGAAGCAACUGCCGGCUCACUGCCAAAGUCCUGACACCCCUCCUAACUCAUCUCUUACAAAUGAUGGUUUACCGUGGACAGCUGUACACUCCGCUCGCUCUUUCCUACCUCAAGACCAUCAAGAUACUUCUCAGCUGGAUGCCACACAUGGACCACAUCGACGCGGCCACUUGGAUCAGCAUAGCUGAAUUGGCUUUUAACAUCAUUUUAGACGAUCCCAUAAAGAGAAAGUUCGACGACGUUACUGGAGAGAAUAAUGAUGAGAGCAUGCAAGUCGACCUUUCCGCCAUGUACCAAGAUGACUCUGACGAGGGUGACGAUCGCGAGCCCUCUGCAUCAACACAAAAGCGCAAGCGCAAGGCAGGGGAACACAGUUCCACGCCUGUCCCAGGUGCUACACAUCCUACAAGAUUGCUCAAGGCCCCUGUUCACCAUUCGGUUUCUUUGGAGCAAGUCGAAUGUGCUUCCCUACUUGUCCUUCUGUUCCGCUCUCCCACAGCUCCCUUCCUUUCGGAGGAUAUACCAAACUUAUCGUUGUCUAUCCUGGCCCGCAUGACACGAUUCUUAGAACGCUACCCCGGUGACGCAUCCCUUCACCACGACUACCUUCUUGCCCUGCAGCCAGUAUUGUCCCAUCUUUGCCUAAAUCGGACAAAGGACGUUAAAACUUUCGCUCAUUCAACAUGGAACCAACUGGUUGGACUGUGGGGUACCAAGAACAAGCGCAUGAAAGAAAGUCUGGUUGGUAUUUUGAGAACGUUAUUCCCGUUCUUUGCGCAUAAUGAGCUUCAUGCGUAUACCGCUUGGGCUGAUGGAGUGUACAAACUUUGGACCCUCCUGAGUAGCGAGGCUGAGAGUCGACGCAGUCUUGAUAGUCUGUCUCUCGACUCUUUGAGGCUCGAGAUACUUCCCUCGAACACCGAGAACUACGGACGUGGAGUGUUUGUCGCUCACACAUUCAGGGCCGGAUGGCAUUUUGAUUAUUCUCAAGCCCUUGCAUGGGCUUUAAUGGAGCGACUCUUCGAUUACUCCGAGUGGCAGCACGCUGGUACUUCGGAUGGUAAAGAAAGCAUAGGAAAGCGUGUCAAGCGUGAAAACCCUAUAGCGUCUCUUCUUCAUUCCAUACAGUCGACAACCGCUUCCGGCGUUCGGACGUAUCAUCUCCAAGUUCUCCUAUUUUUCAUUGAUCGAUACUGGUCGUGCCUGCACAGGGACAACAAACUCCAAGAGAAUGUAAUGAACACCUUGCUGCGAUUUGUUUCCGUCGAUGAUCCCAUCAUCCAAUCCUGGACUUUCCUAUGCCUCGCCGCAAUUGCACAGUCAGAUGGCCUCCUGAGUUCACAUGCAACCCAGUCACCGCCAGUUGCCGUCCGUAACUCCGCUGUCUGGGAUCCUGUGUGGACUCAUGCCAUGCGCAGAGCCAACGUACCUGUGGUUUGCAGAGCAGCAUGUCAUACCGCACACACACUUAUCAUUCACUCCAAACUCCUAUUAACAUCUCAGCGAGUUCUGAUCGAAAUCGAGACCCUGGCAAAGGAUCUGGAUCUGCAGGGCCCUGCAUUUCCCUAUGAUUCUGUAUGUAUGUUUCUGGCACAAUGUUUGCGUGUUGCAAGCCAAGAUGUGAGGCUGUACAGGAUGCAGUUGGAGGAGAAGGUUCUUAGCUGGCUUCUUGAUAAUUGGAGAAUUGGUGCUGGGCAGGCGGUGAAGGAUACUAGUGGGAAAUCCCGGAUGCCACUUCACACCAUUGGUGACAUUCUUGGGUUGCUAGAGAGCAUAUGUGGAAUGUCGAAGCGAAGCGACCUUCUCUGUCGCAUGUUAUUUCCCGGUUGUGCGAUCGUGGAGCUCAUGGAGGAAGAACGGAAGACCAAGGUCAUCCGCGGUUUCCUGCUUGAUGCUCAACUUCCUUCCUUCCGCAAGGACGCCGUAUCUACAAGCUGCGACGGACUUACACGCAGCUCUGUUAAUGACGAGUUGACCAUCGACUCCGAGCUCGUUCAGCCCCGAGGGCGCGAGCGUCGAGUGACUUCGUCUCUGCUCAAAGCGAUGGAAUCUCUCACCGUCGAGUGGCACACGUUCAGGGAAACCAACGCCCACCCCACUGCCGAAAAGCUCCGUCAAUCACUCGAUGCUGUUGUGACCGCCUUUGCGUUUGAGACUCUGCUUGUAUGGAAUGGAAUGCGGUGUAAUCGACGCGUUCUGCAAUCCGCCGGCCGAGUAAUGUCGCUUCUUGCACCACUCUUAACAGAUCCACGCUGGACAGCAGAUGAACGCGUGCUAAUAUUACACGCUCUAGAGCCCCUAGUAAUGAAUGGAGAGGAGCGUAGCACAAAUGAGGAGUGGGAAGCUAUGCUUGGCCCGGAUCUUGGCUCUGGUAUUAGAUCGCACACUCUCAAGGGCCUGAAACAAAAUCUCUCUGAGAGACAUCACUCUCAGACAGUUCGACGGCUAUUUCAGCGUAUCUUUUGGGCAAAUUCGGACAUUCAAGAUGCAUUCUCCGCGGUUUCUGAAGCCCUUCGGGAAUCUCUUCGUACUAUGACAGGCCAACUUCACCAAGGAGCGCAAGAUGUUCAUGCUGUAGAUGCAGACGGAUUUGGCGAUAUCAUGACAACUCACACACGACCACCAACACAAGAGGAUGCUGCUCAUGAUGACAUCACCGUUGCAAACCAGUACCUUGCUGACCUAUGUGUCACAUUCCUCGCGACGACACCUGUCCUUCGAUCCUCGUCUGCGGAAGUCUUGCGUGACAAAGAGUUGACGAAGCUCAUAGUUCAUUGUCCCGCAGAAAGAUUGCUUUUGAUAGGCAAUGCAGUCCUAGGAUCAGUUCGACGGCGAGUUUGGAGUCUGGAUAUCGAUGUCCUCAACGCGCUCCUCGACAAAUUAGGAGAUCUUCUUGAAUCGCACACUCAUGGUCGUAAUGUUGAUCUGCAGCUUAUGGCUGUUAAUUUACUGGACUCCACUUCGCAUUUUUGGCUUCAGAAGUCAAACGUGGACACUGAUGUCGGAGACCAUAUCCGCGACUUGUGCGGUUGGCUCAGUCAUAACAUGAUGAAGAGGAAAUUUGUUUCAUGGAAAACGCGCGAUUUCGCUUCUCAAUUUUUUGCUAGGUACAUCGCCCAAGAUCCUUCCGAGUCUUUUUGGCCAACCGUAUGCCAAAAUAAACCUGUAGAGAAACCCUCUACCAUUAUCCCAAUGCUGAACAUGGAUCAAGAUAUCCGUGUACGCUUCCGGGCUGCAGUCGUAAAUGCUCGCCUCUUCACCCUAGCUCGCUUUGCUGGUCGGAACUCCCUUGAUAUGUACAAUACUAUCAAAGAGGCGUUGACGAAGGAUCUCUCGAAUUAUGAGCAAAUGCUCACUCGUACUUUGUGCCUCGGCAAUAUCAUGGUCGUGAGUUCCGCUGUGAGGCGUGGACCCUACUGGCACUUGAUCGAAGCGGCUUUUCAUAGUUCACAUUACACAAAGCAUAUCCAAGCGACUCUGACUGGCGUUUCUGAGAGACUUGGACUCCCUAAACUGUCGGACCUCUUUGAAGCCUACGCUUCACAGAUUGCGUACUCCAUUCGACAGGCUUCCCAGGAUGUGUGUGGUCUCUCUCCUGAGCUCCUUGGCUACCGGGAUCGAAAGGAAUGCGCAGAAGCAACCUUCCGUCUUUUUACGCCCACCAAUGUCAUGGCAGGCGGAAAUUCAGAAGCAGUGGAUCAUGGCCGCCGACUAUUCCUGGCUCACUGCGCCGCAGUUCAAAAGACAGCUGCUGAUGGCUUGCAGGAAUGCUUGGGUGAUCUCAUCGGAUUCCAACUUGUGUUUUGGCUGGAUGAUGGACAAGUUGAUUGUAAUACGCCACCGGAGCAGUUGAAAAGGAUGCUAAAGGUCAAGGGAGUUGACCUUGGCCAAGAACAGGGUUUCAACAACUGUGUAGAGCAAAAUGCGGCGAGCAUUGCAGCAGCAGUGAUUCGUUGCCUAGGUGACCAAGACUUCUCCGCCGAUGGCCCGAUCAUGCAAGCAAUCAAGGCGCAUGAUUCGAGCCACUCCGCUCAGUACCGAACCUUGGGUGACUUCAACCUACACAGCCCAAAUCUUCCCGCGUUUGGCUCAUCCACUGUCCUACGAGCUCUCAAUUGGUGCAUUUCUCUCGCGAUCUGCGAUCACGUCAAAGCCAUAUCCUAUCAUGUCCUCCACCAGCUUUUCUCCGAAGUCCAGAGAUCACCAUUAGUCAAUGAACAGAUCCGCCUACUGAAUGGCAUUUCUCUUCUAGUAGCGGUCCGUCAUGAGGACUUCCAAGAACCCACGUUACUCCACACCCUGAUUCAUGAAGCAACUUCUCUUCUCGCUCAGGCGGACCUCGUACAGGCGGCUCGCUCAUUCCUCGAAUGGGGCUUUACCGUGUAUCUCUUGACGUCUCAAGUGGAUCCAAGGUUUCCUGAUGUGCUCAUUCGCGUGUGCGCUCAGGCUCAUGACUAUUCACUGGCCACCGAUGACGUUCAAAUCGCGAACAUAGGCAAGGCUCUCGAGCUUUGCAGAAGUUCCAAGAUCAGGUCGCAGCCCUCGUCUGAGCUGUUGUCAGUUUAUGAGGAUAUCACUGCGGAUGGUCUUUCGAUGAUUUUGAGCGACUUUCGCAUUGCACGGCUUCGAGACCUCGCAGAGCAGCGCCUCUAUGAUCAAGCGCAAUUCGCUAAGACAGAUUUUUGGCGCCUGAAGGAUUUCAUUCCUGCCAGGGACCAGCUCCAAUCUGACGAUAUCGACGCAUUCGCUUCUUUAUUGAUUGCAAAUAAUGGAGACAUCUACAGCUUCGGAAGACGACAUCGGCGCAGUGCAAAAAAGUCACAGAUGGAAUCUUCACCCCAGCGCGUGAUCAUUCAGACGCUGCUUGCUAUGGUGGACGGAAACUCACCACAAGAAGUCACUUCUUCGUCGGACAUGCUCCUCCUUCAAUCUUGGCCUAUCGAGUCGAGAGCUGCUUUGGAAUAUCUCCAACAAUAUCCUAUCAAAGCGAGGUCUCGGUGUGCGACGAAAUGGGUCAGCGAGCUAGCGGUCUUGCUCAGCGACGUGCUCAGCGCUUGCGAUGUUUCUUUUGCCGAUGAAAUGCUUCCCGUAUUGGUCCACAUUUUGCUGCAGAACGAACUUGAUCAACCAGAAUCAACGGGUGCGCCUUCGAAAUCUCGUCUAUCACAAUAUUUCAGCACCAUGCUAGUGUUGGAGAAUGUCCAUUUGUCCUGCUUAAGGUCCAUUGUCGGCGUCGUGCUUCACCUUCGCAACUUUUGCCCGAAAGGAUCCACUGAUUCUCUGGCUCAUGACAAAUGGCUUGAUAUCGAUUACAUGCUCCUUGCAAGAAGUGCAGUGACAUGCGGCGCGUAUACGACUGCUCUCCUAUUCCUCGAGCUCGCGGAGGAGUACCAGUCCUUGGAUAUGGACAAUACAGCAGGCACAGAACAUCUCCUUUUCGAAAUUUACAGCCACAUCGACGAACCCGAUGGAUUUUACGGGAUCAAGACCACUGAUCUACGGCAUUUCCUCAUCAAACGGUUUCAUCAUGAGAAGCAGUGGGAGAAAGCAUUUCGUUUCCACGGUGCUGCCCUUGAGGCCGGAAGCCCUGAGGCAGUCGACGCAGACGGUCUGCUCAGUUCUUUCCAUGCUUUUGGCUUCGACCGUCUUGCUAUUGGCACUCUUCAGACGUCCCAAAUUGGCCUCGACACGAGGAACUCCUCGUCCGCCAUGUGCUACCAACUGGGUUGGCGUACUGAAACCUGGGACUUACCUGACAAUACAGGGGAUGGUUCCGGGGCCACGCUUUAUCAGGCGCUGCGAGCAGUGUAUAGGGAACGGGACCCGCGUGUAGUCGACGUCAUUGUUCGCAACUCGCUUGGCGAUGAAAUGACCCGCCUGCGGCAGCUUGGCACUGAGAACAUCUCGGGUAUCCGCGAGGUUGCUCGUAACAUAAUGUGUCUCGGUCAGAUUACCCAGUGGAGGAGUCAUUCUAUGCAGCAGCAGCUUUCAAGCAAGUCAGAAGAUAUCCGCAAUCUGCCCAAGCUCGAUGAAAUUAAUUCCGACUUUGAAUUUACCUAUUUGGAACAGAUUCUUGCAACGAGGAUCUCAUUGGUACGGUCGGUCAGGCAGAGAGAAGAACGAAAGCAAAUCGGUGAUCUCGCCACACCAUUUGUCCGUGGGAUUCUAGACAUCGAGAAGCGAUGCCUCGUUCGCCUAUCCAUUGCCGCUCGGAAAUCUAAUCAAUUGCAAGUGGCAUUGAACUCUAUCGUGAAAGCCCAGCGACUCGAGAAAAACGCCAGCUUUGAAGUUGCUCGUGAAUUCGCCAACGUUCUGUGGCUCCAGAAGGAGCAAAAGUUAGCAGUGCAGUACCUGAAGGACUUGGUAAAUGGUCAGGACUUGGGUGCUGAUGGUACGAUAGAAAAGGCGUUGUCGUUUGCUCGACUGGGAGACUGGAUCGCCGAGGCAUGCCUAGAAAAACCAACUGACAUCAAGCGCAAAUUUUUUGAUCCUGCCGUCGAGCUCGCCAUCGCAGCCGAGAAGCGGACGGACGUUCGCGACCAUGCAUGUGCCACUGUUUUCCGCAAGUGUGCGCUUUUUGCAGACCAACAGUAUCAUUCGAUCCUGAAGUCGUCAGACGCCAUGCGCUGGCACAUCUAUAAAGAGCGCAAGAAACAGGAGGUCAAACAGAGAGAGAGCCAGCUGCAGAAAACCCAACAAGGAACAAAUGAGUACCAUGCAUUAGUGGAAGAACAAAAGAAAGCAAGAACUGUACUAGCUGAAGAUUUGAAGGCCUAUGCGGGCCAUACGGAGGCGCGAGACGCAUUCCUUGAACUGGCUAUUGACAUGUACUCUCGCUGUUUGGCUUCCUCCGAUCGCUUUGAUGACGAUGGUCCCAUCCGCUUUUCAUCCCUUUGGUUCGCGAAUUUUGACGACCUCGGCAUCCAGGACAAGCUCAAAGCCGCUCUCGAUCGCGUGCCCUCCCGCAAGUUUGUCUUCCUCUCUCAUCAGCUGUCUGCUCGUAUGUCAAAAUCCUCGGCAGAGAUCCCGAAGAACCAGCAAAAUCUUCAAGGACUAGUCUUGCGCAUGUGUCAAGAGCAUCCUUUUCACAGUCUGUACCAGGUAUUCUGUUUACGUCCAGAGCAACCCCAGGGUGUGCGAAGGACUUCCUCGCGAUUUGAGCUCCCAUCAUCGCAGUCGGAUCGCGGUGGAGCUGCGAGCGCCAUCUUCGAUAGGCUGCUCAGUGAUCCCAUACAAACAGCGAGGAUCCGAUCGAUCGAGCACGUCUGUAACGCUUCUCUGGAAUGGGCCAAGUAUCCCAUCAAGCGUGGACCUGUGCUAAAGAAAACCAAUAACGGACCACUCAUCCCCGAUGCCUUGUCCAUUCGGAAGCUGCGCGAUGUCCAGGUUCCUGUCAUAACCUGCCGUACACCCAUCGACCCAACCCUCAAGUACAACGAUUGUAUCUGGAUCAGUCGCUACCGCCCAGAAUUCACCAUAGCCGGGGGUGCCAGUCACCCGAAAAUUAGUGUCUGCUAUGGGAGCAAUGGGGAACAAUUUAAGCAGCUCUUCAAAGGCGAGGGUAACGAUGAUAUGCGGCAGGAUGCUGUUAUGGAGCAAGUUUUCCACCUGUGCAACAUGAUGCUGCGCUAUGAUAAGGAGACUCGGAGACGGAAUCUUAACGUCCGCGAUUACAAAGUUCUACCUCUCGCCACCCAAGCCGGAGUCAUCGAAUUUGUAGGCAACACCAACCCCCUCCAACAAUGGCUCGAAGACGCGCACCUCAGGUACCGUCCUGGCGACAUGAAACACACACAAAUCCUAACGACGUUAAAACAAACGCGCGAGAAACAUGGCGGAAACACCGAAACGAUGGUCAAAACCUUCCAACUUAUAUGCGAACGAACCCAACCCGUGAUGAGGCACUACUUUACCGAAAAGCAUAAAACCCCCAUCACCUGGUUCGCCAUGCGUCUCAACUACACUCGCAGCGUUGCUACCACUUCCAUUGUGGGGCACAUCCUAGGUCUGGGGGACCGCCAUGUACAGAAUAUACUGAUUGAUAAUGGGUCGGGAGAGGUGGUGCAUAUUGAUUUAGGGAUCGCUUUUGAUCAAGGAAAACUGUUGCGUAUCCCAGAAAGAGUACCGUUCCGAAUGACGCGGGACAUGGUCGAUGGGAUGGGGAAGUGCGGGACGCAAGGCGUGUUCCAGCGCUGCGCAGAAGAAACCCUCCGCGUGUUGCGUGACAGGUCAGACGUCAUACUCACCGUGCUUGAGGUGUUCAAACACGACCCGCUGCAUUCUUGGACUGCGAGCGAGCUAAAGAUUAAAAAAGUCCAAGACAACACAGCAGAGCCUACCCGAGUUGCCCGCGAUGUGUCCCGCUUCGGUGCCAUCGCCCUAGACCUUCAGAGCGGGUCAGCAGACGAAGCUGCCGAUCGUGCGCUUGCAGGCGUCGCGCGCAAGCUCGACAAGGCUCUGAGUGUAGAGUACACGGUCAAUGAACUCAUAGCGGAGGCUACGGAUAUCGUGAAUUUGGCGACUAUCUACCAAGGAUGGAGUCCCGACUUCUAGACAUCGAGGACAUUUUAAAAUGAAAUCCUUCAUCAGUUACUUAUGCAUGCUUAUAUCGCUUUCCUGGACUACACAAGUUUUGAGCAUUCAAUUUAUUAGUCUCCACGUGCAUUGUGUAUCCCUAGCCUGUCAUUCUCAUUUCUAUACAUCGAUCAAUCGUGC